GUAAACAAACAUGUUAAGUCAGUUUAAAGACAUUAAAGUUCACAGUUUUAUGCUCUUGUCUCAUGAAAUGACACUGAAAUCUGCUGCACUGACGGAAUCUUGCACUCACUUAACGACAGGGACUUACUUCGACAUGUUAUCGUUAGCUAAAUUAGCCCGUGUCGCUGUUAAAAGCUCGACGUGUUGGUUUCUUCACUUGUGGCUUUUCGAGCUGGACGGCUGGACACGGACAGGUCUGGACUCUCAUGUGGAGUUUAGAUGGACGUAUGACGUUUAAAGUAAUGCAACAGCAUGAUAUCAUUCGCAACUACAAUGAAUACAGCUUGAAGCAAAUGAGCAACCUUAUGGGCAGCAGGGGACACAAGACAGUGGAUGAUGGAGAGCGGAGUCUCAUUGGACCUCCAUCUGAGGAGUCUCCUGAGAGUCUCCUGGACCAGAAGGCCUCCACGCCGAUUUUUGUCUACGUGUUAGCAUUUUUCUCUGCCUUGGGAGGAUUUCUGUUUGGGUAUGACACUGGGGUGGUUUCAGGGGCUAUGCUGCUCCUGAAAAAGGAGAUGAACCUGAAUGCCCUGUGGCAGGAGCUGCUGGUUUCCAGCACUGUCGGGGCAGCGGCGCUUUCUGCCCUGAGUGGAGGCUUCUUGAAUGGGUGGCUGGGGCGCAGGAUCUGUAUCCUCUUGGCCAGUUUCGUCUUCAGCAUUGGUGGUCUCAUCUUGAGUUUGGCCCCGGACAAAGUGGUUCUUCUGGUUGGCAGAAUCACAGUUGGUUUGGGCAUAGGCAUUGCUUCUAUGACUGUUCCUGUAUACAUCGCAGAAGUUUCUCCUCCUCAGCUGCGAGGUCAGCUGGUCACCAUUAAUUCCCUCUUCAUCACUGGUGGCCAGUUCAUUGCCAGUGUGGUUGAUGGAGCUUUCAGUUACGUGAUCCAUGAUGGGUGGAGGUACAUGUUGGGUCUGUCCAUUGUCCCAGCCGUGCUGCAGUUCGUCGGCUUCUUCUUCCUGCCAGAGAGCCCACGUUGGCUCCUCCAAAAGGGCCGAAAACAAGAGGCCCAACAAGUUCUCAGUCAGAUCAGAGCAGGCCAGAAUGUCGACGAGGAGUACGACACCAUUAGAACCAGCAUUGAGGAAGAGGAGAAAGAGGCGGGUGGAGGCCUUGUUAUUUUCCGCAUCCUCAGCCAUGGUCCGACUCGCAAGGCUCUCAUCGUUGGUUGUGGCCUCCAGAUGUUCCAGCAGCUGUCUGGUAUAAAUACUGUCAUGUACUACAGUGCAACCAUUCUGCAGAUGGCGGGGGUGCGGGACGAUAAACAGGCAAUCUGGUUGGCUGCUGCAACUUCUGCUACCAACUUUGUGUUUACGUUGGUUGGAGUGUGGCUCGUGGAGAGAGUGGGUCGCAGGAAGCUGACCCUGGGCAGUCUUUUAGGUACUGGUCUGAGUCUGGCUUUGUUGGCAGUUGGGUUCUUGCUAUCUGCCCAGAACUCUCCGCCUGUAACCCUUCAUCCAGUCGACUCUCAAAACUCAACCUGCAGACUCUACAGGUCCUGUGAGUUGUGCAUGUUGGAUCCGGACUGUGGCUUUUGUUACCGGGACAACGGCACCACAGUGUUCGACUCUUCCUGCGUUCCUGUCGAUCAAGCGUCCACAGAUCAUGCAGCUUGGGGAAGGUGUUCCAAUCGAACAGAGGGUCCUGACAGCUCAAUCUGGGCUUACAACUAUUGUCCCACAUCUUACUCCUGGACUGUUUUGAUGGGUCUCAUUCUCUACCUUGCAUUCUUUGCUCCAGGAAUGGGCCCGAUGCCUUGGACGGUGAACUCAGAGAUCUACCCACUAUGGGCACGAAGCACCGGCAACGCCUGCUCAGCUGGAGUCAACUGGAUCUUCAAUGUCCUAGUGUCUCUGACUUUUCUUCAUGUCGCAGAGUUUCUGACUUAUUACGGUGCGUUCUUCAUGUACACGGGUCUGGUGGUGCUGGGUCUCCUGUUCGUCCUGGGCUGCCUCCCAGAGACUCGGGGCCUGCAGCUGGAGGAGAUCGAGAACCUGUUCACCGGUCCUCUCUGCUCCUGUGGAGACUCCUCGCCCAACGGCCACCGCCACGUCCACUACAUCCGGGUAAAAGGAAACAACUACCUCCCCUCUGACAACGAUGGCUCAGAUGUAGAGUAGACUGGGAAGACUUUCUCUUUCCACUCUGUCUUUCUGUUCCCUUGUCUUUUUGUUUAAAGAUUGGAAAGACUGCUCAUGCAGGAGGUAGGUACUCAUCAUGUUGCCCUCUUGUGGCUGUAAUCAAACAUGAUGAAAAAAAGGCUUGAGCUCUCCAGUGAUUGCUUGGUUGCUCAGGCAAAUCUUUUGUCAGUUUUUUUUCAUGUCUUGCCUUUGUUUCAUCUGGGAGUUGGGCAGCUUUCCACUUUUUCUGUUGCGCGUUCUCCUCAUUUCCCACCAUCCUAUUGGUGAUGAUAAAAGGAAACAUUAAAGCAAGACAUCUCAGCAUUAGAGUAGGAAGAGUUCAUUUAUGGCAGUAUUGCUGGGAUAAUAAAAUCCCAGGAAAGCUGAAACGAAUGGUAUUAUUCUCAGACAUGGGUAAAGGAGCAUUGGGGUGCAAAUACGAUUGACUGAAGGAGAGCACCAUUUUACUAACAACACUUUGUGAUUUUUUUUCAUUGAAAUCAGAAAAACAGGUGAACUGGUUCCUGUUUCCUCAGCCUUUCUGUAACAUCAAGCCAAAUUCCUUUCCAGAUAGUGUAAAGAAUCUUUUGCACGAUUUCGAUCUGACAUCCAUCUUUUGUACACAUUCCAACAAAUUGAAUAUACCAGAGAGAAUGUGUUGGUGUGCUAGCUAAUGUGUAGUUUGAAAGUCAGAAAUAUUUCAGAAGUACACUUUUCAUUGAUUUCUGCCAUAUUUCGACUUUUGCAUAUCUACGCAUAAAAGACAAUGUUCUUAAAAUCAUUAACGUGGGUUUAAUCUUUUACUCUGCAAUGGUGUAAAAAAAAAAAAAAAAAAGCUAACUGUGGGUUGCUGUUGUCUGCACAGUGUUAGAGAUUGCACUUUAAAAGCCAGAAAUGUGUCUUUGUAAAAAAGUUUUCUAUAUGCCAAAUUACUACAACGAGUUGUCCAAUUUUUUAGCAAAGUUCGAACUCCAGCCCAGCGCAGUAUGGAGCGGUGGGGUCAGACAGUGCCAUAGCCUAUAUAACUGUAAGUACUGGAUCAAGGCAUUAAAAGCAUUCAAAACUUUAGUUCUUAUGCUACAGCAGUACUAAAUAUGCCUUUUUAAUGUUCAGUUUCAUGUCCUUGUUCUUACAGCUCAGGUAAUCGUGACCAAGUCCCCCUGAGUAACUUAAUACACAGCACCUUUGUACAGAAUUUCCUUUUUACACUGGCACACUUUGAUCUGUGCUGGGUUACUUGAGUGAUACUGCUAGCAUCUACAAGAUUUCUUCUAUGUUUUUUCAUGCAGUCUUGGUUUUAUUACAAAGUACAGGCUUUGAAGUGUUUGGAAUUUGCACAAAUGUCCAUAUGAGAACACAAAAUACUCGAUAUUUAUAGCAACAUAUUUUGUGGUUACAGAUCCAUUUCCUUUCACAAAAUGUCUUACUGACUGAAAAAAUAUAUCAUUGGCAUUGCCUUCUAUUCAUAUAAAACUAAUUGGCUUUCAUUCUGUGCAGUAAAUGAGCAAAGCAAGAGUAAUUCACUUUGUAUCGGGAAAUGUACCGAUAUUCUGCCAUAUUCUGAUUCUGAUACACUGCCGUUUUUUCAAGAUUGCUUAUUAUGUACCCUCACAUGGAUAGUGAUGGUUUUUAUACUGAGAGUUUUGAGCAGAAAAACAUUUCAAAUUAAAGGAUGUUUAUAGGCCAUAGAUCCAUGGUAACACAGAGAGAAAUGAGGUGUGUUCAGUCAUACAUUUUGUAAAUGAAAUGCUCCUGCUGUUUAUAAAGUUACAUUCCAUGUGUCUUUUAUAAUGUUCUGUUCAUUCAUGUGAUAUUUUAAUAAACAUACUCACAUCAGUGCAAUCUGGUUGGUAAAGGCA